AUGGCAUUUGGAUUUUAUCCAGCACUUGCUCUUCUCUGCAUUAUGUUGACGCUAAGUUUACCGAAGUCAGACGCAGCUGAGGAAGAAGGCAGUCCUGGCGCAGAAGGAGCUAGCUCGGAAGCUGCAGGUGGUGGUAGCUCGGAAGCAUCUGGAGAUGGCUCAGCUUCACAUGGAGGUUCGAGUGAGCCUCCAGUUCAACCUGGCUCAGAAUCUGCAAGCGAGGCAGCAACUGAAGGACCUGAAGGGACACCAGCUCAUCAACAAGGAGAUGGCGCCAGCAAACCAGAAAAGAAAGGAUCACGCAUGAUCAGCCCAGAGAGUAUUCCACUAUUAGUUGCAUUGUACUUCAGCCUAUAG